AUGGUGAAUUCGUACAUUCCUCUUCGUUUCACCAUUUUCAUCUCCUCCUCCCUCGCAGCCGCUUCUUCCUUCAAGCUCUCCACUUCCCGUCCUCCGUCGUCACUUCCGAAAGCCACCGCCAACGAUCUCCUCUCAGUUUUAGGCCCACCCUCCGCCGCGUCGACCAUUAACCCCGUCGUGUCUCGAGAAAUCCGAUCGUCCCUCAAAUUCCUCGUCCCCUUCAAGCCGGAUAAACCUGGAUCCGAAUUGGGAGGAUGUUCACUUCGCACUCGACUCUGCUCAGGGAAAAUCGACGCCCUUGAGAGGCGGAGCAGGUUUGAGGAGGAUAACUCUCUCGUAUGGUGGCCACCGGAGCCGAUUCUCGAGCUUGCUCGUCUCGCUGUCGACUCCGGCGGUGAUCCCGGCGCAAUUCAGCGAACCCUCGAUCCCAAAAUGCUCCCGGUUCCUGAUGUCGAAGGAUCAAGAAAAGGCAAAUUUCAACUCACUAGAACUCCAUAUGGCCGUCACUUCAUAGCAGAGGAAGUGAACUCAUAUUUUGAGUUCUUGUUUCGUCUAAUUGAAUCUAGGGGACCAAGUGUCGGGUUGGAUGUUUCAUUGUCUCGAUAUGAUCUGUUCCAUGGCCACCUAUUCCUUGCAUCAGAAUCUGGACGCAUUGGAAUAUUGUUUCAUGCUAAAGAAUACCCAGCCUAUGACAAGGAAGUAUUUCCUUACAACAUGGGAUAUUGCCAAAGAGGAUCUGACGUGACGUACGAUGAUUCAAUGAACUUGAGGAAUAUUCUUUGGCUUGGACCAUUACCCAGCAGCUCUACUUCAGACUGGCUUGCUCCAGGUGUACUUGUGGUGCUUGAUGCGCACCCAGAUGGAAUCAUAUACCGAGAUCUCAUCCCUGACUAUGUUAAGUUUGUAAGAACAAUAUACGAAGUUCUCUGUCUAAUCCAUUCUCCACCAGAUGAUUUGGGAACAAUCGCAGUUGAGGUCAAUUACUUGAAUGUCGGAGCUGGGGAACCUGAUUAUCAGCUUUUCAUGUGCUGA